CAACGGCCACCAUGUCCUGUCGGAUCACCUUGUCUCUUUUCCACUCCCUGUUCCUUCUCCUGCUACCAAUUGGCACUCAUCAUCAUCACCAGAACCCAGAAAAUAUUAUCUACACCCAUAUAAAUUAAUGCACCAAAACACAAACAAGAUAUUCAAAGUUUCGAUUUUCACGUCGCGGGUAUUUCUAUUUCUCUCUCCACCAUGUCGGCGUUGGAGUAUCUCUACCUCUCUCCGUUAACGUACACAAAAAUCUACCUCAAUUCCCACACCUGGCGCAGACGCUCGCCGCUGCGGCAAAACGCGUGUCGUUUCGUUCCCAAUUCGGCGGUCGUUAGGGUUCCGGGGCAAUGGAGGGAUUUUUCCGGGAGGGUGGAUUUGUGGAGGCUGAGGAGGGUCCACGGUGGCGCCGCCAGGGCGAGUGGUGGCCAGGAGGGGGAUUCCGGCGAGAAGAGCGGCGAGGGACAGGGGGUCACCGAUAAGGGUUCGACCAGGUCCGGUUCGAACCGGAGGAGGGAGAAGCAAGAUAAAGGGUGGUGGUUCGGUUCGAAGAGUGGGAAGUGGCGGUGGCAACCCAUUGUUCAAGCUCAAGAGGUUGGAGUGUUGCUUUUGCAAUUAGGGAUUGUUGUGUUUGUGAUGAGGUUGCUGAGGCCUGGGAUUCCCUUACCUGGCUCCGAACCGAGGGCUGCGACGUCGUUUGUGAGUGUGCCUUAUAGCGAGUUCUUGAGUAAGAUUAAUGGGGAUCAGGUGCAGAAGGUGGAGGUUGAUGGGGUCCACAUCAUGUUCAAGUUGAAGUCUGACGUGGAGGCUUCUGAAGUGGCUUCUUCUGCUGCUACUCCUUCGGAGUCAGAGUCGUUGGUUAAGAGUGUUGCUCCUACCAAGAAGAUUGUUUACACUACCACAAGGCCUAGUGAUAUAAGGACUCCCUAUGGGAAGAUGAUGGAAAAUGAGGUGGAGUUCGGGUCCCCGGAUAAGAGGUCUGGUGGAUUCUUCAACUCUGCUUUGAUAGCCUUGUUUUAUUGUGCUCUGCUUGCAGGGCUUCUCCAUCGAUUCCCUGUUAGUUUUUCUCAGCAUACGGCUGGUCAGAUUAGGAAUCGUAAAUCAGGAACUUCUGCUGGCACAAAGUCAUCUGAUCAAGGUGAAUCAAUCACAUUUGCUGAUGUCGCUGGUGUUGACGAGGCUAAGGAGGAACUAGAAGAGAUUGUGGAAUUUCUUCGCAAUCCAGACAGAUAUAUAAGACUUGGAGCUCGUCCUCCCCGAGGGGUUCUCUUGGUGGGUCUUCCUGGGACAGGUAAGACUUUACUGGCAAAGGCUGUGGCAGGGGAAGCUGAUGUGCCAUUUAUAAGUUGUUCUGCUAGUGAGUUUGUAGAGUUAUAUGUUGGUAUGGGUGCUUCCCGUGUGAGAGAUCUCUUUGCAAGGGCUAAGAAAGAAGCACCAUCCAUAAUAUUUAUUGAUGAGAUAGAUGCUGUGGCUAAAAGUCGUGAUGGUAAAUUUCGCAUUGUCAGCAAUGAUGAACGAGAACAAACCUUGAACCAGCUGCUCACUGAGAUGGAUGGUUUUGACAGCAGUUCUGCUGUCAUUGUUCUUGGAGCAACUAAUCGUGCAGAUGUCUUAGACCCUGCACUCCGAAGACCAGGAAGAUUUGAUCGGGUUGUUAUGGUGGAAACACCUGAUAGGAUUGGAAGAGAAGCUAUCCUUAAAGUUCAUGUUUCCAAGAAAGAACUUCCUUUAGCUAAGGAUGUUAACCUUGGCGACAUUGCUUGUAUGACCACUGGUUUCACUGGAGCGGAUCUUGCAAACCUAGUAAAUGAGGCUGCAUUAUUGGCAGGAAGACAAAACAAAAUUGUUGUGGAGAAAAAUGAUUUCAUUCAAGCUGUUGAAAGAUCAAUAGCAGGAAUAGAAAAGAAGACUGCCAAGUUGAAAGGAAGUGAGAAGGCUGUAGUUGCACGGCAUGAAGCUGGUCAUGCUGUGGUAGGUACUGCAGUUGCAAACCUUCUUCCUGGACAGCCACGUGUUGAGAAACUAAGCAUAUUGCCUAGGUCAGGAGGGGCUUUGGGAUUUACUUACACUCCUCCAACAAAUGAGGACAGAUACUUGCUUUUCAUUGAUGAGUUGCGUGGCCGCCUGGUUACCCUACUUGGGGGACGUGCUGCAGAAGAAAUUGUUUAUUCUGGUCGAGUGUCAACAGGUGCACUUGAUGACAUACGGCGAGCAACUGAUAUGGCAUACAAAGCUAUAGCUGAAUAUGGUCUUAAUCAGACAAUAGGCCCUGUGUCAAUUUCCACCCUUUCUAAUGGUGGAAUGGACGAGUCUGGGGGAUCAGCUCCUUGGGGAAGGGAUCAGGGACAUCUUGUUGAUCUAGUUCAAAGAGAGGUGAAAGCAUUGCUGCAGUCUGCGCUGGAAGUAUCACUUUCUAUUGUGCGGGCUAAUCCUACUGUUUUGGAGGGUCUUGGUGCUCAUUUAGAAGAAAAAGAGAAAGUAGAGGGUGAAGAGCUACAGAAGUGGUUAAGAUUGGUAGUUGCACCGACAGAGCUGGAAAUCUUCAUAGACGGCAAGCAAGGGUCUCUCCUCCCAUUGCAGACAGGUUCCUGAACAUUUGAGAGUUGUCUAUUUAUGCUACCAAUGUCGAGUGAAACUUAAGGUAUGAUUUUUGACGUUGGCGGGCUAAAGCCAGUGCAGAUAUAUCUCAAACAAAUGAGUUCACCCUUACAACCUUUGUAUAUUCCUGUAAGGUGAAUUUUGGCAUCAUUUUUAACACGUAGCCAGCCUGUUAUUUAACUCAUAAUUCACUCAUCCAAAGCCACAGGGGAGAUAAAAAGAUAAAGAAAAAUACACAGUAGUGCUUCUCACCAUCUACAUAUAUACUGGUAGUUGAAUUUGUUGUAUAUUGACUAUUAUUUCAGUCAUGAUGUGGCUGUUUGCAAAUGUAAUUUGGUAUAUAGUUGUUGUAUACAUUAACGAUUCUGUGAAAUGUAAACGGCUCUGCUAUAUGUUACACCAAAAUAUCUUUUCCAAAUUGUAAGUAAGCUGAUUAGUAUUGAAGUCCGUUUACAGAUUCUCCGCAUCAAACAAAGCAGGGUCAUUCAACAACUGUAUUGGGGCUACGUUUAGAUUUGCAGUCAGAGUAAAAAAUAUUUUUGGAAUGGAAGCUACUAUGUUAGGACAUAUAGAACUUAAGAAUUGACCCCGUAUUCUUGUUGACUGUGCACCAUCAUCUUUGUCUUCUUUCAGAACUCAAGUAAACAGCUACAAGGUGUAGAGUGUUUCUAGUCAUUUGUCCAGGUGUGAAUGAUUGAAAGGAAUUUUUGUAUUCAUAUAACAGGGAUCUUGUGAUAUUCUGAGAGAACAAAAAUAUCUAGUGUUCCUUGAAUGCAACGUUUUUGUACA